AUGAAUCUGAGCACAAAUGAUGAUUCAAAAACGAUUGAUGUACUGGGACGUGACGCUGAAUUAGCGAAUAACAACUACGAAAGUAGUGGUCACCAGCACACACAUUCGUUGUCAGUUAAACGUGAAAUGAAUGGCUAUCAUGAUGAUGAUGAUGAUGAUGAUGAUGAUCAUCCAAUAACGAAAACAGCUGAAAGUAGAAUAGAAAUACCUGUAAUGGAAAAAGGCCCUGAGUUGGCGAAAGAAGCACUUAACAUUACUCAAGUAUGUAGGCUUUUUGCUUUAUUGGUUACCAAGUUGUUUAUUCGCUUGAUUAAUUGUUUUGGUUGA